AUGCGCCUCAACAUCGUCAUCCUCUUCAUGGGCUCACGCGGCGACCUCCAACCCUCCCUAGCCGUCGCAAAACUCCUACAGCGCCGCCACGGCCACCGCGUCCGUAUCGCGAGCCACCCGCCGUACCGCGCCGCCGUCGAGGCCGAAGGUGUGGGAUUUUACGGGAUCGGCAGGACGGACAUCAAGACCAUGAUGGAGAGGAGGUUGCUUCCGCAAAAGGAGCUGGGGAAGCUUGUGCCGGUUAUUCGGGAGGAGUUUCGGGAAAUGGGGGAGCGGUGGUGGGGGGCUUGGGAGAAGGGAGCGUUUGUGGCGGAUUUGAUCAUGUCUACGAUGCAUGUGUAUAACCAGACCUCUGCGGCGGUGAGGCUUGGCGUGCCGUUGCAUUUGUUUGGGAUGAAUCCGAGGAUCUUUUCGAAGGAGGUGCCGCAUUCGCAAGCUGGGUGGGCUUUGAAGGGGCCUAGUAAGGGGAAGAAUGUUUUGUCUUGGUGGGUUCAGGAUUUUAUGUUCCUCGAGACGAUGAAAUCCGUCAUCAACGACAUCCGCGUCAAUGUAAUGGGCCUGGAGAGCAUGUCUCCCGCCUGGUGGCUGAGCCAGUACAACAGGAUGAACUCGCCGAGACUCCUCCCGAAGCCGAAGGACUGGGCGGACAAUAUCGACGUUGCGGGCUUCGUAUUCGAGGAUGUGCCGUCAGAUUACACACCGUCUCCGGAGUUGGUUGCGUUCCUAGAGGCCGAUCCGGAGACGCCUCCGGUGUAUAUCGGUUUUGGGAGCAUGUCGUUUGCGAAUGCGCAGGACGUGUUUGAGGGAAUAUUUGAGGCGACAAGGAGGGUUGGGGUCAGGGCUGUUGUUGGGAAGGGGUGGUCUAAUUUGGUCAAGGAGGAGAGAGACAUGUCACACAUCUUCAUCGUCGACGAGGCGCCGCACGCGUGGUUAUUUCCUCGGGUCAGGGCCGUGGUGUGUCACGGGGGAAGCGGGACGACGGCCAUGGCGCUCCGGAGCGGGCGGCCUACGCUCGUUGUGCCUGUUGCCGGGGACCAGCCUUUCUGGGGCACGAGGAUCCACGCUGUCGGAUGUGGGCCUGAAGCAAAGUAUGGCUUGGCGGAGAUGAAUUGCGAGAGGUUUGAGGAAGGGCUGAGGGAGCUUUUGAAGCCGGGUUACGCUGCUGCCGCGGAGAGGUUUGCGGUGAAGGUGAAGGGGGAGAGGCCUGGGGAGGAGGUUUGUGUUGAGAGGGUGCUUGAGACGGUUGGGGUUUAUGAGAGGGUGGGGAGGUGUGUUGUUUAUGAUGGACGGCCUGCUGUUUGGAGGGUGAUGUCAGGGGCAGAGGGAGGAGGCGGGGAGAGGAAGUUGUCUGCUGUUGCAGCGCAUGUUCUUGUUGAGGGUGGGAGGGUGAGGAGGGAGGAGUUGAGGGUGUUGGAGGUGGUCAAGUGGCCUGAUUUGACCGGGCCUGGGGAUCCGGUGACGGGGUUGAUUCUCGGGGUGCAAAAGGCGUUUGGGAAUAUUGCUGCGGAUGGGAGGACGGGCAGAUGGGGGAGGUUGGGGCUUCAUGUUUUGAGAGCUCCCUUCACGAUUCUAGCCGCCGUGGCGUUUGGUCUCUUCAACCUACUCGACUUCAUCCUCUACGAACUCGCCUCGCCUUUCGAGCCAAAGCUCUACGCGAGUAACCCGCGGCUCUAUUCCUACCCGCGGAUGCUCCUCUUCCUCUUAUCCGCGCCCUUUGUCGAGCUCGCUUCAGCUGUGACGCAGCCGGCGCACUUCCUAGCGAUGAGAAGAAAGGAGGGAAGCGAGAGAAGAAGAAGCUUGCCGAGGGUGGUCCUCGAGGUGCCGCUUGCGCUUCUGAGGGUUCUUCUGGCGCUGGUCAAUGUCCUGGUUGGAGGGCUUGGUAUCACGCUUCGGCAGCUGGAGCUUUCUUGUGCGAGGGCUAUGGGGGAGAGGCCUGUGGGAGAUGUUGUUGCCGAGGCGAGGAUUCGGCAAGGCAGGGUUGAGGCGGAGGGGUUGAGGAUUGAAGGGGUUGAGAGUGGGCGGGAUCUUGUGGGGGAUAUUGUUAGGAGGUGGGAUGCGCGGAAGAAGACUUGA